GCGGCAAAUUAACAGGCUGUGAGCUGCGGAUGAGAGCAGCAGAGACCUCACUUAUCCAUCCAUCCUGCUUUACCUUACGCCCUUUGACGCUCUCCUUUGGUCUGUGCUGAGAUGUCAGUUCUGGACGUUUCGACUCCGCUCUUCCUCUUCCUGCUCUCCAUCCUGUUGCCGGGCUACGGUUGCUGGGCGGCGGACGUUCCAGAGGACACCACAUCGGAGUUUUCGGUCAGACUGUACCACCGGCUGCAGGCUGCAGGGGGUCAGGAAAACAUCAUUUUUUCUCCACUGAGUGUGUCUGUUGCCCUCGGUAUGGUGGAGCUGGGAGCCCGGGGGGCUUCACUGGAGGAGAUACGAGAGGCUGUGGGAUUCAGUCACUUACUGCCUGGUGUGGAGUUCUCCUUGCUCCAGAACUUGACAGAGGCGCUCUCCGAUGAUGACGCCCACUACGUGAUCCGGUUUGCAAACAGCCUCUUCCUGCAGGAAGGUAUCAGCUUUAACCCAGACUUUCUACACCUGAUGAAGAAAUACUUUCAGGCUGAAGUGGAAACUGUGGAUUUCAGCGAAUCUCCGGUGGUUGCCGAACAGAUCAACAACUGGGUGGAGAAUCAUACAGAGAGUAAGAUUCGUUCACUGCUGUCAGCCGAUGAUUUCAGUAGCAUCACCCGUCUCACUCUGGUGAACGCCGUCUAUUUCCGAGGAUCCUGGAAAAAUCAGUUCAGACCAGAGAACACCAGAACCUUUUCCUUCAGCAGAGAUGAUGGCUCGGAGGUCCAGACCCUGAUGAUGUACCAGCAGGGAGACUUUUACUACGGUGAAUUCAGUGAUGGCUCCCAGGAGGCUGGCGGUGUGUACCAAGUCCUGGACAUGCCCUAUGAGGGAGAGGACAUGUCCAUGAUGAUCAUACUGCCCCGGCAGGAGGUUCCUCUGGCUUCCCUGGAGCCCAUCAUUAAAGCACCACUGCUGGAGGAAUGGGCAAAUAAUGUUAAACGACAGAAGGUGGAGGUGUACCUGCCUAGGUUUAAGGUGGAGCAGAAGAUUGAUCUGAGAACCACGCUGCAGGAGCUGGGAAUUACCAAAAUCUUCACCGAUGAUGCUGAUCUCUCUGCCAUGUCAGAUGGUAAGGACCUGUACAUUGGAAAGGCAGUGCAAAAGGCUUACCUGGAGGUGACGGAGGAAGGUUCAGAAGGAGCUGUUGGAUCUGGAAUGAUUGCCUUGACCAGGACUCUGGUGCUGAACCAGCAGGUCAUGGCGGAUCAUCCAUUCUUCUUUGUCAUCAGAAACAGAAGAACAGGCUCCAUUCUGUUCAUGGGCAGAGUCAUGACUCCCGAAGUCGUCGAGCCCUUCGACCACGACUUUGACUCCAUUUAGACGAGACGCGAGGCUGCUCUGUCAAUCAAAUCCUGACGUCAUAAAUGCUACCUAUUCUCUAUCACCAUCCUCAGCUGUGUUUUAUACUCUUUACAAAGAAUAUAUAUUAUCCUAGUACAAUAUGAUAUAUGAUGAAACUUCGACAUACAGCAUACUGUAUAAUGUGACAGUGUUUUUAUACUGGGAGCUUUAAAUUCUUGGAUACAGACACACAGACAGGUAGAUGUAAAUAUUCACUAGUAAAGUGCUGUUUGUAUGAGCGACAGGGACACACUGUACCUAAUCCAUGCACAUCCCCUUUAAGUUCAGCUCAGGAGCUUCUGCUUCUUACUCACCUGCUACAAAACAUAUGACACUCAAAAUGUACUCAACUUAAGAGCAACACUUCAGUUAUAUUUCUGUAUGAUUAGCGUUAUGUUUUAUAUGCAUAAAUUUGCUUACUAUUUAUUGCAGAAAAAACUGCAAACGUUGCGUUCCUACAAAAUAUCUUAGUAUUGAGACAUUUUCUGUCUGCUGUAGGCACAUGGCUUAGCUCCUGAGGAAAUAUUAUGCCUUAUCAUAUGUGAAUGGUUAAUUGAACCUGAGUUGGGCAUCUUACAGGUAAGCCGAGGGGAUUGUGUAACUAGGCCAGGUUGCUAUGGCGAUGGACCAGAGGAUGAAGGUAGAUCUGCAGCACUCUUGUGGAUGUACCUUUAGCAGGAAACAGUGACACCAGCUGUAUAUGAUUCUUUUAUUUGACCAAACAUGAAUGUGUUUCCAUUAAAAUCUCUCUAUAUAUAUGGACAUA